GGAGAGACGCGCCAAAUAUAUGAAAUAAUUGAAAAAUAGCAAUUUAAAACGAUGGAAACACGUCUGGAAGUGCGCCUCGUGGAACCUAAUCCGCUAUUUACUCGCUGGCUGGAGCGCUGGCUACGCGAAGCCGAGAGACGAAAUCAAAAAUCUCAAUUUAAGUUACGGCAGGCUCUGGAGGCCCUCAAAAGCUAUCCUCUUCCCUUGUACAGCGGUCGGGAUUGCGCUAUCUUGCGUGGAUUCGGUGGCAACCUCUGUCAGCUUAUAGACGAGGAGUUGCGCCAGCAUCGGGGUCUCAAUUUGAUGACGGCCACCACGACGGCAGCCACCAGUAGCGUGCAGUACGAGCAACAGGUGCAGCAGGUGGUGAAGAAAGUCCAGGAGGCGCAACAGGAGCAGAGGAUGGCGAAACAGGCCAAGGCCAAACAGCCCAGGGCGCCCAAGCCCAAGAAGUUGACCAAAAAGGAGCUAAUGGAACUGGCGGCCGCCGAGGAGCGAGAACGUUUUGUGGAGAUGGUGCCGGGCUCCUUUGAAAUUCUCCUUCUGGUGGACACCCAAGAGACGAGUGGCAAGAACAAGAGGGUGCUGGACCAGACCAGAAGCUACCUGGAGUCGUUCGGAGCGAAACAUGAAGUACGGCGCCUCACCAUUGGUGACUUUUUGUGGAUAGCCAAGGAUCGGGCGGGCAACGAGCUGGUGCUGCCCUAUAUUAUCGAACGCAAGCGCAUGGACGACCUGGCGUCUAGCAUACGCGACGGUCGCUUCCACGAACAGAAGCAUCGUCUGAAGCAGAGCGGUCUGAGGCAUGUGAUCUACCUGGUGGAGGAUUACGGCGACAAUGAGCAGCUUGGGCUGCCCCUGGACUCUCUGCAGCAGGCACUGGCCAAUGCCAGGGUGCAGACGGGUGUGCAAGUGGUGCGCACCGAGAACCACUUUCGAUCGAUGAGCUACUUGGCCUCCAUGACGCGUUCUUUGCAGCAGAUCUUCGCCAGGAAAACUCUCCAGAGUGUGGAGAGAAGCAGUGCACCCAGUUCCGACUGCCUGUUGACCUCCUCCACUAUUGGGUUGCUUAAGUUCCGGGCUUUGUACGAAGACUCUGCCAAAAAUGCCCAGCUUACUGUGAGGGAGGUCUUUGUGCAGCAACUCCUACAGCUUCAUUCCCUGUCCCUGGAACGAGCCAUCGCCAUUGUAGAGAUCUAUCCCACGCCCCGUCUGCUACUGGAGGCGUACGUCGAGUGCUCGGGACCGAAAGAGGCCAGCCUGUUGCUGGCGAAGAUCCCAUGCGGGCCGCUGGAACGGCCGCUGGGCGAGAAGAUCAGCCAGUGCCUGUACGAGUUCUACACAAAUGAGUUUCGUUAGGAUUAGCAAUUGAUUUAAUGGGACAUAUCUAAAGUUAUAUACACGAGUUUAUACAUUAAGUGAGACUGAAGAGAAUACAUCGAUUCUGGACAUCAUUGGAAUAGUGCGAGUCUAGUCUAAGCCGGAAUGUACAAGUCGCCUAGAUGUUGCGGAAGUGCCGGAUGGCGAGAUCCACCGGCAGGUCAAAGUCG